CCCAAUACAAUACAACAUAUCCCUCCACUCUGCCAUCUAACACACCAUAAAAUGAAUAACCCCACCCAAAACCAACACUACUCCCCCAUCCCCCGCGACCAAGUCCCCUGGCUCCUCUUCCGCGUCGAACACCGCCUAAGCUCCAGCUAUGGAACCCUAAGCGCCCAAGCCCGCAUCGCCCGCAUAGUCACCCCCCCAACCCCCGACGACUUCGACCGCCACCUCCUCAACUCAAAAUACUUCCUAACCCCCUUCCUCUCCUACUUCAGCAACUUCCGCCGCGCCCUCGCGCUCUACCGCGCGUUUCGCCUCGAGGGUCGUCAUGAGGUUACAAUCACCGCCCUCUGGGCAAGAGAUAUGGCCAACAUUUACAACGCCGAAGAAAUCGCCCAAACUCUCGGCUUCCGCGACGGCGACGGCGCAAACCCCCGCCGCAUGCUCCGCGACCACAUCGGCGAAUUCCUAAUCCACGGCGGAAUCGUCGACACCUACCGCAUCCUGACUAUCUUCCGGGGCAUGAACGCGACACCCACACCGACACCUAUCAUCCCGUCCCCCGGCCCCAUCACAAUCCGUGAAGUCGACGUUGUAUUCGAGUGCGAUGCGUAUCAGGCUAUCACGACGCUGCCGGAGGGGUUUCUGCCGUCGUCGUUGCAGGAUAAUGCGCUAAGGGCGCUGGAUGAGGAAAUUUAUAGGAGGACGGGGGUGUUGAAUGAUUUUUGGAGGGAUAUGAUUGUUAGUGCGCUUAUGGGGAGGCCGGUUAAUUGGGCGGGGAGGUUUAUGGGGGGUGAGCAGAUGGGGUUUUUGUUUGGGGAUACGGGGCAGAGGGUGCAGCGGUCACCGUUGGGAAUGGGUUAGGAGGGCUAGUAGGGUUGUAUUCACUUGGUUUGUUAGCGGGGUUUAAUUUUCUUCUCGUCUGGUUAGAAAGUUCUUCGAUUUGGAUUUUUCCUGUCACUACUAACCUACAUAUGCUACAUACCCGGAGUAAGGUGCUAUAUGCAUCACGCUGUGCUAGUCCAAAGCCCGUUAGAGACCUUCUACUAUAUGAGCAUUCUAUAUGAUAUGGCAUCUAUCCCAGAGAAACGUGCCA